CCGACGGAGCAGUCGGCGGACUACGCCUUCCUGCCCUUCGGCGCGGGCAACCGACGCUGCGUCGGCGACCAGUUCGCCAUCCUCGAGGCGACGGUCAUGCUCACGACGCUCAUCCGCGAGUUCGACUUCGAGUUCGCGUUGGACGACCCGUCCACGCUCGCGCCGAAGACGGGGUUGGGGGGGUUGCCGGUGGCCGACGUCGGCAUGCGCACGGGCGCGACCAUCCACACGGAGCACGGCCUCUGGAUGACCGCGAAGCCCCGCGAGCACCCG